AUGGAGUCCGAAUCGAUGGCAUCCCUAACAAGAAACAGUGAAAUAGACAAUUUAAUUAUCGCAGCAGCAGCUGCAUCCGGUGACGAGGAUCUAGAAGGGGAGACAAUAUGUGAACAGUCGAACUCUAUUCGUAAUGCGGCCAAAGCUGUUUGUGCUUCUCGUUCAGAAAAGUUGUUUGAGCCAGAACCUUAUAGCAGAAAACAAGGUUCUGAAAUUGCAUAUCAAGAGAUGGCUGAACUUAUGAGCUUUCGGGGCGAAUCGGAUGAUCCCGAACGCGUGGAACUAAUGCGGAAGCAUUCGAUGAUCUUCCGCCCUUCUGGUCCUAACUCUCGUUCACUCACGCUAUAUGAGCAAGCCGUUAAUGAGGCUGCUGCGCAAAUAGCAUUUCAUUUCCCUGCCGCUAUAUACCACAAGCGCGAUUUAGCCAUAUUAGCCAAACAAGCCGUCAGGCUAACUGGUUUCGAAUUCCCGAAUGCUCGAGGAGGUUACUACCCACCGGGCUCAAUUGUUCCUGGUAGAAGUGAUACUGAUGAAUUGGACUACAGCGACUCACAAUCGGGAGUUCCAACAGUUCAACCCGCUCAUGCGGCCCCUGCUAGCGCAUCUAUGUUGCUGCAUAAGUCCAGGUUGGAUGACGAAAUGGACUUGAUUCGCGAAAUCAGCGCCGUUUGUGGUCGCGCUUCCGGCGCUUCUCGUGGAUCGAGUUCUAAUUUGACUCCUUAUGAACUAGGAUUAAACGAAGCUGCUGCAUGGCUGGUUCGACUACAACCGGUUCUAUUAACGCACUCCCGUCAACUUGCUGAACUUGCUCGAAGAAUUAUUGCAGUUAGCGGACUGCAGUUGAGGCACACAGGAGGCUCAAACCAAACAAGUGGCUCGCACGGCUAUAAUCAGGCGUACGGUAUUGAUAAAUGGUACGAUCUAUCUCAUCCGAUGAUGUUAAGGGUCUCAUCUGGCAAGCACGCAACAGGACAUGCUGGUGAUGUAGUACAAAUCAGACUGCAGGGAGAAACCUACCCAUCUGAUCCAAUGAACUUUGGAGGUGAUAUGUUUGGCUCCAUGGUGGUGCAAAACGGCACCCCAUAUUACGUGGACACAGCUGGUGGAGCUGGAGGUUCUAGUUUGUUGAGUUCGAUUGGAGGAAUGAAUUCGUUUGAAGAUGAGGUUGCUUCGUCCGGCCUGGAUAGCAAUGAGCUUGUGCAAUUACUUGGGGGUAGUCAGGCAAUUGCACAACUAUCAGACGUUCAGUUAGAGGAACUUGGUCGUGCACAGUUUACCGUUGUCGAUCCAAGAGCGGACAGCGAAAUGGCCAACUGUCCACUCAGCCUUUCUGUAGAAGAGGAUGAUCGGCCGUUAGACGAAGCAGAAAUACUACGAGUUUCCCGUGCGAGCUGUUUGGAGCGGGUUCGUGUUCUUUCUCUCCCUGCUUGUGGUUACACAAGCAUCAAUGCGCUUCAUCUCGCUCGAUGUGUGAAUCUUCGUCUUUUGGAUUUAUCCGAGAACGCACUUCGAGUGUUUCCACGGCGCCUUCAUCUACCACGACUUAAACGUUUGAGCCUAACGGGAAAUCGAUUUAUUCAUUUACCCUUAGUUGAACAAUUCCCGGAAUUAACGCGCCUGACAGUAGACGAAAAAAUAAAACAAAUGCUUAAUCCCCAAAUGCUCGCAUAUUUCUGUCCUAAAUUGAAAAUCAUUAAUGGACAGUGUUUCGACGAGAUGCGGACCGAUUUCACUGUGCGUAUUGUGCAGGAAGCACGGGCGAUCGUGGAGCCACACAUCCGAUCGAAAUGGGAGGCAGAGUUUGCGGAUCACUAUCAUUCGGUCCGCAACCGUGAAGAGCGUAUGCAGUUGAUCGAACACAUGGUCCAACAUCUACGUGAACGGAAUCUUCUCAUGGAUGAAGCAUUAACCAAAUAUCGCGAUUUGUUGUUUUUCCAAUUUGUUCAACAAUAUCUACAAUCCAAACUGUAUGACGCUGCUGAGGCGGAUUUUUUGGCCGGUGUAAAUACGGAUGGGAAACCAGCCCAAUCAGACUUGCCUGAUUACACACCAGAAGAUUUGCUGGCCGAAUCCUCUGGCACGGAUUAUGAAACGCCCAAACCAGAGGUUGCUCCACGUCCUUCCGUGAAUGUGACAAUCGACAUGGAACCGGACGAUACUGCGGACGAAGAUGAUGAGGCCGAAAAGGAGGCGGAAAACAGGGCAGCCACCGAACGCGCUCUGUUUGAGGCCACAGAUGAACUGUUGGGGGUCAAUCUACCCGAUCCGCUUAGUUUCAUACAAGCAGCGGCUGCUGCCGGUCAAGUUCAAACCACUCUAGUCAUGGACUCCAUGGGCCGUUUACAUCAGCAACAACAAAUCGUGGUGGCCCCUACUGCAGCUGCGGGUUAUCAGUUGGCCACAGCUGCCUCUUCGGGCACCAACCAAUUCCAUUUGGCUCGCUCUUUACGUCAAGGUCGUUCGGUUGUGAUGACCAUUGUGCGCCCACGUGGUGUGAGUGGUCGUCCAGUAGCAGAGUUUCUGCCGGGCGAGUUGCGCAACAAGGAUUAUGUGAAGGGCUAUAUGGCUUCUGAGAUUUACAAGAAAGCGGUAAAAGACACACUAGGUCAGAAAGCCACACCUAAAAAAAAGCCGGGAGUUGCUCGUCCGAAACGAGCAGAUACUUCGGGUUGGCCCAGUUCUCCUGGAUCUGGUCUUGUUCCAUUGGGAGAGGUAAACACAGACUUGAGUGGGUCUACCAAGAAGGGAAUCUCUGCAGCUGGUGGCGGCGCGAGAGGAACAGUCGGAGGUGGACGUCAUGCAAAAGGUGAUUAUGAAAUGGACGAGGAUCAGCACGGACUUUCUGCCUCAACAGCAGUUCCUCCCCGUCCGAAGAAACGAAAAGCAAUGGGUGCACACAGGAGCCUGCGCGACCUGUGCUCGGAAUCCGCGUUUGGUGCAGAUGCCUACGGCUCAGUCGGUGCCGGUAUUGGCGGUGGUCCUCGUUCUGAUGCUACCCCCAUCGACUAUGACCCGCUGCACUUUAUUCGCUGUCAUGCAAAGGAUAAUGACGCCGGCGACAGUGAAACGAAAGUGUGGCGUUGUUUGUUUGAACCGAAUCCCUUACGUCCGGAAGAGACCACUCAUGUGGUGGCUACCUGUGGUGGCGAAUGUGUGUGUCUCAUUAAUUGUGAGACGGGGAAAGUUAUGAAACGUUUUAAACAUAUGGAAGAGGUGAGUGAAUUCAGAUGA